AGUUUUAUAUAUAUAUAUGAAAGGGUAGCGUCAGUUGGUCCCAUUGUGCGUUUGCAGAAUCGUCGUAACUAGAUUAUCGCAAACAACAUAGAAUAAUUAACACUGCUUUUUUGUUACGAAAUUAUCUACUACAAUGCGUGAGUGUAUUUCAAUUCAUGUUGGGCAAGCUGGCGUGCAGAUGGGAAAUGCAUGCUGGGAAUUGUACUGCCUGGAACAUGGUAUUCAGCCUGAUGGUCAAAUGCCAUCUGACAAGACUCUAGGAGGUGGUGAUGACAGCUUCAAUACAUUCUUCAGUGAAACUGGUGCAGGAAAGCAUGUACCAAGGGCAGUUUUUGUGGACCUGGAGCCCACAGUAGUAGAUGAAGUUCGCACUGGCACCUACAGGCAGCUAUUCCACCCUGAGCAGCUGAUUACCGGAAAGGAAGAUGCUGCCAACAACUAUGCCCGAGGUCACUACACCCCUGCCAACCAGAUGGUAAAAUGUGACCCAAGACAUGGAAAGUACAUGGCGUGCUGCAUGCUGUACAGAGGGGACGUUGUUCCCAAGGACGUCAACGCUGCCAUAGCGACCAUAAAGACGAAGCGCACGAUCCAGUUCGUGGACUGGUGUCCAACUGGCUUCAAGGUUGGCAUCAACUACCAACCACCAACUGUGGUUCCAGGAGGGGACCUGGCAAAGGUACAGCGUGCGGUGUGCAUGUUGUCAAACACGACCGCCAUUGCCGAGGCCUGGGCUCGCCUGGACCACAAGUUUGACCUCAUGUAUGCCAAGCGUGCCUUUGUUCACUGGUACGUGGGUGAGGGUAUGGAAGAAGGCGAGUUCUCGGAAGCUCGCGAGGAUCUCGCCGCCUUGGAGAAGGAUUAUGAGGAAGUAGGCAUGGAUUCUGUUGAAGGAGAAGGAGAGGGGGCAGAGGAGUACUAAAUUUCUACUCAAGUGUUAAUUUGGGUCGUCGGUAUUGUAAGAAUUUUGUGUUCGUCAAAUAAUGUUGCAACCUGCCCAUCAGUGCUUGCCUAUGCAUUAAAAUGAGUUCAUUUUGAAAGCAAUA